GAGCGUCGGCGAUUCCGAUUUCGAUUUCGAUUCCAAUUUCGAUUUCGACUCGGGUCCCGAAUCCGAAUCUGAAUCAGAUUCCAAUUCAGUGUGGUGAAGAGCGAACGGGAGUGCGGACGGAACGGACGCGAAAUUCAUUUAGGCGGGCCGCAAGCGAACGCUCGAAAAACGCAAAAUUUGUCAAUUGUCCGUUCCGCUUUUUCUUGUGUCUGUGCUUUGCGUCGCGUGCCUGCGUGUACGUGUACGUGUGCGUGCGCCUGUGUCUGUGUUCGUUUUUUGUUAUUUUUUUUUUAACCAACGACAACAACAGAAAAGAAGUAAAUAAAAUACACAAAAUUAACGGUGUAUAUAUUUAAAUGAUUUAGUUUUUUUUGGUGGCGUGCAGAAUGAGAAAAAUUUGAGAAAAACGCAGUGGAAAACAACACAAAACAAAAAAAAAAACAAAAUAAAAAUAUGGUAUAAUCAAUUCAAAUAAGACCAACAAAUUGCAAGCAAUUGGAUCCAAAAAGAAAUAUAUAAAAUUGUACUACGCUGACGGAAAAGCUGUGAAAACAAUGCAUUUAAUCAAAGUAAAGACUAAACUCGCGCUGAAAACGCCCGAAAUCGAAAGAAACUAGCGAAAAACCCCAUUUCGAAAAUCGCACAAUAAAUUUGCAAAGUCCACAGCAACAACAACACAGAAAAAAAGACAACAAAAGAGAGCCAGGAGGAGAGGAAAACAACAACGAAAACAGCAAAACGACGGCCCCAAAAUGUUGUAUCAGCUAAGUAAAGCCACUACUAGAAUCCGGCUCAAAAGGCAAAAAGCCGUUCCGCAACAUCGCUGGCUCUGGAGUUUAGCAUUUCUGGCAGCAUUUACACUAAAGGACGUUCGAUGUGCAGAUCUAGCCAUAAGUAUACCCAAUAACCCCGGCCUGGACGAUGGGGCCUCCUACCGAUUGGAUUACAGUCCGCCCUUCGGCUAUCCGGAGCCCAACACGACGAUUGCAUCCCGGGAGAUCGGCGAUGAGAUCCAAUUCUCACGCGCCCUGCCGGGCACCAAAUACAACUUUUGGCUCUACUACACGAACAUCACGCACCACGACUGGCUCACCUGGACGGUGACGAUAACAACAGCUCCCGAUCCGCCGUCGAAUCUGUCCGUUCAGGUGAGGAGCGGCAAGAAUGCCAUCAUCCUGUGGUCACCGCCCACCCAGGGCAGCUACACGGCAUUCAAGAUCAAGGUGCUCGGCCUGUCGGAGGCGUCGAGCAGCUACAACCGCACCUUCCAGGUGAACGACAACACAUUCCAGCACAGCGUCAAGGAGCUGACCCCCGGAGCCACCUACCAGGUGCAGGCCUACACCAUCUACGAUGGCAAGGAGUCGGUGGCCUACACCAGUCGCAACUUCACCACAAAGCCCAAUACACCGGGGAAAUUCAUCGUCUGGUUCCGUAAUGAGACGACGCUGCUGGUCCUGUGGCAGCCGCCGUAUCCGGCGGGCAUCUACACGCACUACAAGGUAUCCAUCGAGCCGCCGGAUGCCAACGAUAGCGUGCUCUACGUGGAGAAGGAGGGCGAGCCGCCGGGACCGGCCCAGGCUGCGUUCAAGGGUCUGGUGCCUGGGAGGGCGUACAACAUAUCCGUGCAGACGAUGUCCGAGGAUGAGAUCUCACUGCCGACGACGGCGCAAUAUCGCACGGUGCCGUUGCGACCGCUGAACGUGACCUUUGACCGCGACUUCAUUACCUCCAACUCGUUCCGGGUGCUGUGGGAGGCGCCCAAGGGCAUCUCCGAAUUCGACAAGUACCAGGUCUCGGUGGCCACCACCCGCCGCCAGUCCACAGUGCCGCGCAGCAAUGAGCCCGUUGCCUUCUUCGAUUUUCGCGACAUCGCCGAGCCGGGCAAGACGUUCAAUGUGAUCGUGAAGACCGUAUCCGGCAAGGUCACCUCCUGGCCAGCCACCGGGGAUGUCACCCUGCGACCACUGCCCGUUCGCAAUCUGCGGAGCAUCAACGACGACAAGACCAACACCAUGAUCAUCACGUGGGAGGCGGAUCCGGCCAGCACGCAGGAUGAGUACCGCAUUGUAUACCACGAACUGGAGACAUUUAAUGGUGACACCAGCACCCUGACCACGGACCGCACUCGAUUCACCCUGGAGAGCCUGCUACCCGGCCGUAACUACUCACUGUCCGUCCACGCGGUAUCCAAAAAGAUGGAAUCGAACGAGACCAGCAUAUUCGUGGUCACCCGACCCUCGUCGCCCAUCAUCGAGGACUUGAAGAGCAUCCGGAUGGGUCUGAACAUCAGCUGGAAGAGCGAUGUCAACUCCAAGCAGGAGCAAUACGAGGUGCUCUACUCCCGGAACGGAACCAGCGACCUGCGCACCCAAAAGACCAAGGAGUCGCGUCUGGUGAUCAAGAAUCUGCAGCCAGGUGCUGGCUAUGAACUCAAGGUGUUUGCAGUCAGUCACGACUUGCGAAGCGAACCACAUGCCUAUUUCCAGGCAGUUUAUCCCAAUCCGCCGCGCAACAUGACCAUCGAGACGGUGAGGAGCAACUCGGUGCUGGUCCACUGGUCUCCGCCGGAAAGCGGCGAGUUUACAGAGUACUCGAUUCGCUAUCGCACGGACAGCGAGCAGCAGUGGGUGCGCCUGCCCAGCGUUCGGUCCACGGAGGCGGAUAUCACCGACAUGACCAAGGGCGAAAAGUACACCAUCCAGGUGAACACGGUCAGCUUUGGCGUGGAGAGUCCCGUGCCCCAGGAGGUGAACACCACGGUGCCGCCGAAUCCGGUGUCCAAUAUCAUUCAACUGGUGGACUCGCGGAACAUCACUUUGGAGUGGCCGAAGCCAGAGGGUCGCGUGGAGUCCUACAUCCUUAAGUGGUGGCCCAGCGAUAAUCCCGGUCGUGUCCAGACCAAGAACGUCUCCGAGAACAAGUCGGCGGACGAUUUGUCGACGGUGCGUGUCCUGAUCGGCGAACUGAUGCCCGGCGUGCAGUACAAGUUCGACAUCCAGACCACGUCGUACGGGAUCCUGUCGGGCACCACCAGUCUCUAUCCGCGCACCAUGCCGCUCAUCCAGUCGGACGUGGUGGUGGCCAAUGGCGAGAAGGAGGACGAGCGGGACACCAUCACUCUGAGCUACACGCCCACGCCGCAGUCGUCGUCCAAGUUCGAUAUCUAUCGGUUCUCGCUCGGCGAUGCCGAGAUCCGGGACAAGGAGAAGCUGGCCAACGAUACGGAUCGCAAGGUGACGUUUACGGGUCUGGUGCCCGGUCGGCUGUACAACAUCACAGUUUGGACUGUGAGCGGCGGUGUGGCCAGCUUGCCUAUACAACGACAGGAUCGCCUGUAUCCGGAACCCAUCACCCAGCUGCAUGCCACCAACAUCACGGACACGGAGAUCUCGCUGCGCUGGGACUUGCCCAAGGGCGAGUACAAUGACUUCGACAUCGCCUACCUCACGGCGGACAAUCUGUUGGCCCAGAACAUGACCACCAGGAACGAGAUCACCAUCAGUGACCUGCGGCCCCACAGAAACUACACCUUCACCGUGGUGGUCCGUUCCGGCACUGAAUCGUCGGUUCUGAGGAGCAGUUCGCCACUGUCCGCCAGCUUUACGACCAACGAAGCGGUGCCAGGGCGGGUGGAACGCUUCCAUCCCACGGACGUCCAGCCCAGCGAGAUCAAUUUCGAGUGGUCGCUGCCCUCCAGCGAGGCAAAUGGCGUCAUACGCCAAUUCUCGAUAGCCUAUACGAAUGUCAACAAUCUCACGGAUGCGGGCAUGCAGGACUUUGAAUCGGAGGAAGCGUUCGGCGUGAUCAAGAACCUGAAGCCCGGCGAGACCUAUGUGUUCAAGAUACAGGCCAAGACCGCCAUCGGCUUCGGCCCGGAGCGGGAGUACCGGCAAACGAUGCCGAUACUGGCGCCACCGCGUCCUGCCACGCAGGUGGUGCCCACCGAGGUCUAUCGCAGCUCAUCGACCAUCCAGAUCCGGUUCAGGAAGAACUACUUCUCGGAUCAGAACGGCCAGGUGCGCAUGUACACGAUCAUCGUGGCCGAGGAUGAUGCCAAGAAUGCCUCCGGCCUGGAGAUGCCCAGCUGGCUGGAUGUGCAGUCGUACAGCGUCUGGCUGCCCUAUCAGGCCAUUGAUCCCUACUAUCCAUUCGAGAACCGAUCCGUGGAGGACUUCACCAUCGGCACCGAGAACUGUGACAACCACAAGAUCGGCUACUGCAACGGACCCCUCAAAUCCGGAACCACCUACCGGGUGAAGGUGCGGGCGUUCACCGGAGCGGACAAGUUCACGGAUACCGCCUACAGUUUUCCCAUUCAGACAGACCAAGACAACACCUCACUGAUUGUGGCCAUUACGGUGCCACUAACCAUCAUCUUGGUGCUCCUGGUCACUCUUCUGUUCUACAAACGGCGACGGAACAACUGCCGCAAGACGACCAAGGAUUCCCGGGCCAAUGACAAUAUGUCCCUGCCGGACAGCGUGAUCGAGCAGAAUCGACCCAUUCUGAUCAAGAACUUCGCGGAGCACUAUCGCUUGAUGUCCGCCGAUUCGGACUUUCGCUUCAGCGAGGAGUUCGAGGAACUGAAGCACGUGGGCCGGGACCAGCCAUGCACAUUCGCGGAUCUGCCCUGCAAUCGUCCCAAGAACAGGUUCACCAAUAUACUGCCCUACGAUCAUUCGCGUUUCAAGCUCCAGCCGGUGGACGAUGAUGAGGGCAGUGACUACAUCAAUGCCAAUUACGUGCCGGGUCACAAUUCACCGCGCGAGUUCAUCGUGACCCAGGGACCACUGCACUCGACUCGCGACGACUUCUGGCGGAUGUGCUGGGAGAGCAACUCGCGGGCCAUUGUCAUGCUGACCCGGUGCUUUGAGAAGGGCCGCGAAAAGUGCGACCAGUACUGGCCCAAUGACACUGUGCCCGUCUUCUACGGGGACAUCAAGGUGCAGAUACUCAACGACAGUCACUAUGCCGACUGGGUGAUGACCGAGUUCAUGCUGUGCAGGGGCAGCGAACAGCGCAUCCUGCGGCACUUCCACUUCACCACCUGGCCGGACUUUGGCGUACCCAAUCCGCCACAGACUCUGGUGCGCUUUGUGCGGGCAUUCCGCGACCGAAUCGGGGCGGAGCAGCGACCCAUUGUGGUCCACUGCAGCGCCGGAGUGGGAAGGUCGGGCACCUUCAUCACCCUGGACCGCAUCCUGCAGCAGAUCAACACGUCUGACUACGUGGACAUAUUCGGCAUAGUGUAUGCCAUGCGCAAGGAGCGCGUUUGGAUGGUGCAGACGGAGCAGCAGUACAUCUGCAUCCACCAGUGCCUGCUGGCGGUGCUCGAGGGCAAGGAGAACAUCGUGGGUCCCGCCCGCGAGAUGCACGACAACGAAGGCUAUGAAGGCCAACAAGUGCAGCUGGACGAGAACGGUGAUGUGGUGGCCACCAUUGAGGGUCACCUGUCGCAUCACGACCUUCAGCAGGCCGAGGCGGAGGCCAUUGAUGACGAGAACGCGGCGAUACUGCACGAUGACCAGCAGCCGCUGACCAGUAGCUUCACUGGACACCACAGUCACAUGCCGCCCACCACAUCGAUGAGCUCCUUUGGCGGCGGAGGUGGCGGCGUUGGCGGUGGAGGCCAUACAAAUGUGGAUGCGCCGGAUAGAUGACAUUCGGUUGUCAACCAGAGUGAUAACAACAAUUCCGUGGUUAUCGUCCUGGUUGACAACAAGCCCAGCUCGAUGAUCUGCAAGGACAGCAAGGGCGGCAAUAUCGAUGUGCUCGAGUCGCAGCAGCAACAGCAACAGCAACCGCAACCCAUCCAGGGAGGCCACAACAUAACCACCAUAUCCGCCGUCAACGGCUACAAUACGCUGCAGCAUAGACGGAAAUCGCAGCUGAUCACGUUCAGCUCGUCGUCCUGUGAUAUCAAGAACAGCCUCAGCCAUGAGUACAUCAAUGGAUCCAAUGGAUCGGCAGCAAAUGGUCCACCCAGUGCCGGUUCCGGUCCCGGGAGUAAUCGGGCCAGUCGUGCCAAUGUGCGAUUAAGUUUCGCCGAGGAAGAUGUGAUGAUCUUGCCGCAGAACCACAACCAGCAAUCCAAUCAUCAAGAUGACGAAGUCUUCACGCGACGUCGUUCACUGCUGGAGGUGGAACUGGGUGUGGAGGUGGGCGAAGAUGGUGAACUGGCACCACACGAAAUGGAGGAGGAUCUGGAGGAGGAGGACGAGGACGAGGAUGAGGAGCUGUAUAUGCACGAUGAGUUCGAGACCCACAUCGACACCAAGUCGAAUAAUGCCAACGAUGACAGCGGUGGCGGCAGCUAUGAGGACUCCCAUGCCCUGCACUCCUCACUGGGCGGCAGCAAUCGAAACAGCCUGGAGAAGGAUGACGACGACAUCGAGGUGGAUGUGAUCAGCACGGACGUUAGCUGUUACGAUCAACUGCUCGGAAGCAGUUGCAACACGCGAAACGGCGAUGACGAUGACAUAGCCACGCUGGUCGGCGACGGCGACUAUUCCACCACGAAACUCAGCAAGGCAUCCAGAUUAUCCGGCCCCGGAAUCGGCGGAUUAGUGGUCAGCGGGGGAGGAGCUGGAACUGGCAUUGGCGGUGGAAUCGCUGUUAACGGUGGUGGUGUUUUGGGAAAUGGUGUUGGUUCCGAGGCUGGCGGCGGCAUCAUCUAUGCCAAUCCGUUCAUGGAUGACGAGGGCAUUGCAGAGUCGGGCAUGUAAAGCCAUUCCAAAACUCCAGCCAAUACUCCAGCCAAUCCCGACCA